AUGGCUCCGGCGACAAAACCCACCGGAGCUGAUUCGCCCCUCCUCCCCGAACGCCCUCCGUCGGAGGAGGGACAGCCGUCUCUGGCCGGCGCGGUAUUCAACGUGUCGACGAGCAUAAUCGGUGCCGGGAUCAUGUCGGUUCCGGCGACCCUCAAGGUGCUGGGCGUGGCGCCGGCGCUGGCGAUGAUUGUCCUGAUCGGAUUAUUGGUAGAGGUUUCGGUGGAUUUCAUGCUGAGGUUCACGUACUCGGGCGACGCCAGGACAUACGCCGGCCUGAUGAGGGAGUCGUUCGGCCAGCCGGGAGCCGCCGCCGUGCAGGUGUGCGUGAUGAUCACGAACCUCGGAUGCUUGAUCAUGUACCUCAUUAUUAUUGGGGAUGUACUUUCCGGGACCGGGCCAAAUCACUUGGGAGUUUUGCAAGAAUGGUUUGGUGUUCAUUGGUGGAAUUUACGCUCGGUUGCCCUUCUCUUCAUUGUUGUUUUUGUCAUGCUCCCGCUUGUCUUAUAUCGUCGUGUAGAAUCGUUAUGGUGGAGUUCGGCUGUAUCUGUAUUCCUAGCAGUUGUGUUUGUUGGUAUAUGCUCAGUGAUGGCUAUAACUGCACUUAUACGAGGCGAAACUAAGACCCCAAGAAUCCUACCCCAAUUGGACAAUGGAGUCUCUUUCUUCAAUCUUUUCACUGCCAUUCCAGUGAUUGUAACUGCAUUCACAUUCCACUUCAAUGUUCAUGCAAUCGGAGUCGAGCUAGGCAAGCCAACAAUCAUGAUCUCUGCAGUUCGAAUCUCGUUAUUGCUCUGUGCAGCCAUCUAUUUCACGAUCGGCAUUUUUGGGUACCUUUUAUUUGGCGACUCGACUAUGGAUGAUAUACUCGUGAAUUUUGACCGAAACUCGGGAAUAAGUUCGUUCCUAAACGAUAUAGUUCGGUUGAGCUACGCCUUCCACUUGAUGCUCGUUUUCCCGCUUUUGAAUUUCUCACUAAGGACCAACAUAGACGAGUUCUUGUUCACCAAAAAGGCUCGUUUGGAUGAAGACUCGAAGAGAUUCGUUUGCCUCAGCCUCGUCUUGCUGGCGGUGGCUUAUGUUUUAGCCAUAGCCAUUCCGAGUAUUUGGUACCUUUUUCAGUUCAUGGGGUCCACGUCGGCUGUCUGCCUUGCUUUUAUUUUUCCGGGAGCGGUUGUGUUGAGAGAUAUUCAUGGUAUUUCAACGUCAACGGAUAGGAUUAUAGCAACAGUGAUGAUUGUGCUUGCCGUAAUAACAAGCACCAUAGCUAUUUCCACCAAUAUAUAUAAGAUGGUCGAUAAAAAGAGUGCUUGA